AUGACCUUGGCUGCCAGAGAUGACCUUUGCCCGGUCGCACUUGCCAACAUGAGUUAUCCAGAUGUGUCUGAUAAAGUGCUGAUGGUCAUCGUAAACUCGUCAAUAACAGCGUUUACGCCGGCGCAUAACCACAAUUUUAUACAACUUCAACAUGGCACUACCCGAGCUGAGUUUAUUCACAAAGUACAACCUGAAAGAUUGAAAAGACAACCCUCAUUCGCAGAAAUUGUCCCAAAUAUCGAGAUUGUGUUGGCUCUAGGGUAG